UGGAUCAAACUCAACAAAUCCCCGGUCUGCUUCGGUGCUAAAGGCGAUCAGUUCGGAAGAUUCAAGUACGAUCGGAAUAUUUUCGUGCGUUCGAUAAUGUUCGUGCAUCGCUCGGGAACAGUGACAUGCAACAGUAAAAUUGGUUACAGCUACUGGGGAUGCGCUCCAAAUACACCCAACAAUAUAAAUACCCUGUUGACCGAUGAGAAUAACAAGAUACUGGCACCAAGCAAGGAAGGAGCGAGCCUUAUGGCAGGCUAUACAUCUUCCUCCUCUAUAGCCGUAUUUUGCGCCCAGAAGAAACCCCUCUGUGUCCUGGAAAACAGCGAACUUCGCCUAUGGUACUGGGAAGACUUAAAAAACUCGCAAGAGGGAGAUAACGGCGGCAAAACGUGUGCUGAUGUUUAUGCUUUGCCGGCUUAA